AUGCGGAACACAACUCCCCCGAAGGACUUCGAGAUUCAUGUUGACCCUUCAUGUCUCUCUGACGGAUCGAAUACCCACGAUAUUAAGAACGAAAAGCCUGCCGAGGAACCAAGCAAAUUGCAAGGGGAGAUGUCGCCAGAACGAGUCUCGAGUAACCAGACGGUGGUACACCAUGAUUCUUGGGGCGAAGAAGAGAUAAAGGCAGAGUCACCAGGGAAGAUACAAGAAGACAGCACAGUUGGAUUGGAGGAGGAACACAAAGAAAAUGUACCAUCACCGCACGUCGAACCUCACAACGCAACUGUCGAAGAUGUCCCGGAGGACGAGGAGGAUUUACAACAACACUGCAAGCAGGAUAAGGAGGACGAAAAAGAACGUGUAGCCAGAGAACGUCAACUCGAUCGAAUCGAAGCACAGAUCCAGGCAGCCGCAAGAGCAGUCGUCGCGAGCAUCGAACAGGACAACUACAGAGGCGGUCAAGACUCAGAACUCAGCAUGCAAACGGAUGAAAGUUAUGACCGGGAAGGCACAGAAAUGACAUACGAUGGCAGUGAUCUGACGUAUGGGAUGGGAACCGAGCUUACAUAUGGUGACGAGACUGAAGCAACCUACGAAUCUGAUCACGAUGACCACUCGAAGCACGAAGAGGAGGCAGAUCCAACUUACGGAUCCCAGACACACUCUGAUCACGAAGGAGGAGACACCAGCUCUAAUCAUGACGGAGAUAUCGACGACGACGUUUUCAGCCAUUCCGAUCGAAGCAAACGAAGCAGCAUGAACUCUGACUUACACAGUUCAGAUGAUAACCAGAAGAUUCUUACCUCCCCAGUCGUAGGAGAAGAGGCUGGAUCCGCGAAUGAGAUGGACACAAUCUCUCGUGUCCCCAGUUCGUCCUCAUAUAUGCAGACACCAGUAGACAUGUCUUCGCGAAACCCAAGCAAGAUCCUCGCCAGGCCACCAUUUCGCACUCCAUCUUCUGUACGCGCAAUGCAAAUGUCUUCACCCACACAAUCCGUCUUUGGAUCUCCCCGAUCUGCAAAAAGACACAUGCCAACCGUCUCCCGAAUCGGCACACCCAAUUCCCAAUACUCCCCCUCAAAACGCACACCCACGCGCUUCAAGCCCAAGAAAGAGCCUCUCGUCCUCCUCCACGUCACUGUCCUCCCCUUACAAUGGCCAUACUCUCACCUAAUGUCUUCUCCCGAAAUCCCCGCAUCCUUGCAAACAGUCAAAGAAAGCUGGAGACUACUCCAAGAGAAACUCGGCGACACGGUUCUUGAACGCGGGAUCUUACUCCCCCAUCCACAAGACUCAUAUGAAGUUCUCGAAGAGCGACUCCUCGAAGCUCUUGAAUUGCCCGUCCGUCCUCGCGCCAAAAUCCUCAAAUGCGGGCACUACAUGGGUCCAUCCGACUCGGAAGCACCGAGUUCAGAUGAAGAGGGCGAUGAUAACUGGGGAGGUGAGACGAGGGAUGAGAGGAAAUGGUGUGAUAUCUGCAUGCGAGACGUCCGUCUUGAGACCGUAGGCGAAGUAGGGAAAGGAGAGCGACGGUUCCGCGUGAAGAUAUACGCGAGCAACGGACUCAUGCGAGCAGGUGCUUGGGCCGCAGCGUGGAGAGAGAUGGAGAGGGUGGAUGUUGAGCUCGAGCCUUAUGUCGAGAUGCAUCUCAAUUCCGAGCUCGAACAUCUCGCUCUCCUUACUCCUCUCGAAGAGGGCGCUGAGCAGCAAAAGGAGCUAGACGAUGGAUUCGAAGACGAGGAACCGGGUAUCGAGCACGUGCAUGAUCACGAAGCUGAGAAGCGAAGAGAGGAGGAAGAUAGAAGACAUGAUGAGCAGACACUUUUACAUGACGAGGAACAGAUGCGGAAACAGAUGGCUAUUGAGGAAGAACUUCGGCAGAAAAUGGUUGAAGAAGAGGAGAUGAUGCAGAGGAAGGCGAUGGAGGAUGAAAUGAUGCACAGGAAAGUUGUAGAAGAAGAGCGCAUGCGUGAGAUUUACGGAACACCAGAACCAUCUGCUUCUCGUCGUAGCUCCUCGAGGACGAGUGUGCAUGAUGAUUCCACACUGCCUGAACUACUCCUAGCCGCUUUCAAGGUUGCCAUGAGAGACUCGAAGAAUGUGGCGAUUGGAAUUUUGAGUGUCUUAGUUCUAUUCCUGGCGUUGAAGCCGAAGAGCGUACCUGAAACUGGGCGUACAGAGGCUGUGAUGGAGGCGCCUUCGCCUGCGCAGGUUACUACGACGGUCUUUAAAGAGCUACUGGUCACGGAUGCAGAGCCGGCUUCUAUGAUUGACCCGGUUGUCAAGAUGGUUACGGAUGCAGGAGAUCAGGAAUCUAUUCUGCCUGUUACGACUACUGUGUUCAGAGAGCUUACAGUCACUGAGCGAAUUCCAAUGUCUACUUCGAUCGAUGCGCUCUCGGAUAGCCCAGGAAAGGUCAGAGAUGGAAAUGAUCCAUGUGAGACGCCUAUCAAGGAGAAAUCGGUUGACGCUGAGCCGGUGGUCAAUCAGAGUGACCCUAUGAAUCAGCAUGUCGAGGUCGAGAAGGCCAUUGUUCUUGAGCCGAAAUUGAACGCUGAAGUCGAAACGCCUGCAGCAGACCCGCUGUCACCACCGCAAGAUGAUGGCUUGCAAAUCGAGGAGUCACAAAACCCCCUACAAGAGCCUGCAGACAACAAAGCCGCUACACUUUCAGCCCAACCCAUCACUGGUGACCUGUCUGACGAGUCUCCCAUCCUCCCUGCUCCAGCAUCAGCCGAUCCCAAAUUCUCAACUACAACUUGA